AUGGCUGCCAUUUGGGAGAACAAUGGGCAAGGCCAAUUCCCACUGGAACAAUGGUUCUAUGAGAUGCCUCCAGUCACCAGGUGGUGGACAACAGCAACAGUAGCAACCUCCGUGCUAAUCCAAUGCCACAUUGUGACGCCAUUCCAGCUCUUCUACAGCUUCCGCUCCGUCUACACAAAAUCACAAUACUGGCGGCUCAUAACAACAUUCCUAUAUCUCGGUCCUCUGAACCUCGACCUCGUUUUCCACGUCUUCUUUCUCCAGCGAUACUCCCGACUCCUCGAGGAAUCAUCCGGCCGCUCACCCGCACACUUCGCAUGGCUCAUCUUCUACGCCACAACGUCUCUGCUGAUCAUCUCGCCAUUCCUGUCAAUACCCUUCCUGGGCAGUGCACUGUCUUCGAGUCUCGUCUAUAUCUGGGCGCGCCGCAACCCUGACACCCGUCUCAGUUUCCUGGGCUUGCUGGUCUUCACAGCCCCAUACUUGCCUUGGGUGCUGAUGGCGUUCAGUGUGGUGGUGCAUCAAAUCGUGCCCAAAGACGAGAUUCUCGGCGUCGUCGUCGGCCAUAUCUGGUACUUCUUUAAUGAUGUUUACCCGCCCCUGCAUAACGGCCAUCGUCCACUUGAUCCGCCUGGCUGGUGGCGUCGGCUGUUUGAGCUGUUUGAGUCUGGGCCCGAUGAGCGCGCGACGGGCGCAAACGUAAAUCGUGAAUUUGCAGCCGCUGCGGUGCCUGAAGCUCGCUAG